AUGCUCGCUGGAACGGCGGUGACUUUUUAUCUAAAUUUGUCAGCCCUAAUACGGUGGGGGGGGGGUCGAUCGGGACAGAUCUCAGACUUGGCCCAUUCAGGCAAAACUAUAAGACGCGCUGGGCAGCAGACAGACAAACAGAGUUUCAACAAAGUGUCCAAUAGCAAUGCGGACAGACCAAGGGCGUUGGCGGAUGUCUCAAGUCCAACAACCCAACUGCCCGAACCCACUGCUUGCGAUGUUACCCCAUACCCAUAUAUGUCAGUAGUAGUGGCAAAGAGUUGUACCUACCGUAAGCUUGGGCAGGAAUCUACUACGUCGGAACCUGGAAUCGAAGAAGUGUACAAGUUUAUGGCCAGAGAUGUGGCACUCCAUAUCCCAGCCGUUCACGGGGCCCGUCGCACCCCGGGCGGCGGCGGUGGUGGUGGUGGUGGUGGUGGCGGGCAGUUUGGCCGGGUUCUGGCGGGUGUGACGGGUUUGACGGGUUUGACGUGUUUGACUGGUUUGGCAGUUGGGGGCGCCCCCCGGCCGUUGGUGGCAAGUUGUGUUAGAAUGACUAAUCCAGCCCUCGCCAUAAACUCGCAUCUCGCAUCGCUUCCUGAUGCGGACAAGCGGCUUGCAAGCGAAACUAAACUUCAACCUCGUCUCUUGUUUUUUCCUUCCAUCACCCACACUCCAUCAACAAACCCAUUGCCUUCAUCUGCUUACUGA